AACGCCAGCCACAACUGAGAUAGACGGUGAGACAUGGCAGCAGCUCGGCCAUUGCCAAAAGACACUCCAAGGCCUCACGCCCUCAGCCCCUCACCCUCACAUAUAUAGGCGCCUAUAUAAAAGCCCGCCCAGCUUCGCUCACCACUCGCUCGCACCGCUCAACGUCUCAACCUGAGAAGCUAGCUAGAGCUAGCUAGCUCCGGGCGCCCGCAGCAUGGCCACGAACAGCCACCGCAUUAUUGCGCCCGGCCUCCUGCUGGUCGCGGCCACGACGCUAGUCGUCGUCGUCGUCGCGCAGCUCGCGGCGCCGGCUGCCGCCUGCCCCUACUGCCCGACGCCGACGCCGCCCCCUCCGCCACCGCCCCCGCCCCCGGUGGUGAACCCGCCGCCGUCGUCCACGCCGUGCCCUCCGCCUCCCUACUCGCCGUCCACGCCGACGGGCAAGUGCCCCGUGGACACGCUGAAGCUGCUGGCGUGCGUGGACGCGCUCAACGGCCUCGUGCACGCCGUCGUCGGGACCAACGCCAGCGACACCUGCUGCCCGCUGCUGUCCGGCGUGGCCGACCUCGACGCCGCGCUCUGCCUCUGCACCACCAUCAAGGCCAAGGCGCUCAGCGUCAGCCUCGUGCUCCCCGUCGCCAUCUCCGUGCUCGUCAACGAGUGCGGCAAGCACGUGCCCUCCAGCUUCCAGUGCCCGUAAUAACUAUAUUAGGGCGCGUACUUACUGAUCGAUCAUCAUCUGCAUAUGUACUGCUACUCUACUGUAUAUAUAUGAUGUAUCGUCACUAAACUAUAUACAUCAUAUAUGUACACGUACGGUCAAGUUAUAUAUACAUCCAUAUAUAACACAAACAUAUACAUAAGCAUGCAUGUGCAGCUUCAUAUGCAUAAGCUCUGCCGGCUUGUGAUAUACAUGGAGCUGCGGGGGUUGUGCAUUUUUUUGUAACCAUGUACCAGUAUUAUUGUAUCAUAAACCAGUGUGAGAGUUGUGGCCUUGGUGGGGUCGAUCGCUUGUAGUAGUCAUUAAGGAAACUUAUGAAUAAAGUGCGUCUGUAAUAUAUAUGAU